AUGUCUCACAGAUUGCCGUCCUUCUGGGGUCUGGUGAACUCGGCCUGGAACCUUUGUGCGAUCGGGAAGAGACAGUCUCCCAUCGACGUGGAAACGAGUCACAUGAUCUAUGACCCGCAUCUGUCGCCCAUCAAGGUCCACGCCGCGGGACGCAAGGUUGGGGACCGGGGGUUGGGGACCGGGGGUUGGGGACCGGGGGUUGGGGACCGGGGGUUGGGGACCGGGGGUUGGGGACCAGAGGUUGAGGGCCGGAGGUUGGGGACUGGUGGUUGGGGACUAGAGGUUGGGGACCAGAGGUUGGGGACCGGGGGUUAG